GUAAAUAACAUUAAACGAAAAUACAGCGGAGGAGAGAGACGGUCAUCAGAGCAUCCUUCAUCCUUGCUGCAUCCCCAACGUCGCUAGCCUCGGACAUAUUUGUGCCAUUUCACAACUAACAAAGAUGGAUAACACUGGAAAAGAAAAGGAGGCCAUGCAGCUCAUGGCUGACGCCGAUAAAAAAGUAAAAUCGUCUGGUUCGUUCCUGGGAGGAAUGUUUGGGGGAAACCAUAAGGUUGAAGAUGCUUGCGAAAUGUAUGCUAGAGCAGCCAACAUGUUCAAAAUGGCCAAAAACUGGACUGCUGCUGGAAACGCUUUCUGCCAGGCCGCUCGCCUUCAUAUGCAGAUGCAGAAUAAACUAGACUCUGCCACCAGCUUUGUUGAUGCUGGCAACGCUUACAAAAAAGCUGACCCACAAGAGGCUAUCAACUGUUUAAAUCAAGCCAUCGAUAUUUAUACAGACAUGGGCAGAUUUACAAUUGCUGCCAAGCACCACAUGACGAUUGCAGAAAUAUACGAGGCUGAGCUUGUGGACAUCGAGAAGGCAAUUGCACAUUACGAGCAAGCAGCAGACUAUUACAAGGGAGAAGAGUCUAACAGCUCUGCCAACAAGUGUCUACUGAAAGUCGGCUUGUACUGUGCCCAACUUGAGCAAUACCCCAAAGCCAUCGAGAUAUACGAGCAGGUUGCAACCAACACAAUGGACAACCCAUUACUGAAGUACAAUGCCAAAGAGUACUUCUUCAAAGCUGCUCUGUGCCACUUUAUUGUUGAUGAAUUAAAUGCAAAGCUUGCUAUUGAAAAGUAUGAAGGCAUGUUCCCAGCCUUCGCUGACUCAAGAGAAUGCAAGCUUGUGAAGAAACUCCUGGAGGCUCAUGAGGAACAAAACAGUGAAGCUUACACUGAGGCUGUUAAGGAAUAUGACUCAAUCUCUCGUAUCGACCAGUGGCUGACUACUAUGCUCCUGCGUAUUAAGAAGACCAUUCAGGGAGAUGCGGGCGACCUGAAGUGAAGUGGCAAGCACAGUGCACAGUGUAAUUUCCACCAACUCAUAAUGUUGUUUUUGUGUGGCAAUCCUCAGUGCUAAUCAAAUAAGAAUCUUAGUAUGGAUGAUUUUGUGUUUCAGGAUUGAACGGCAUCAUAGCUGGGUAAUGCUGAACCAGACAAUCAUCUAUACUUUGAAUAUAUUCAUUGUCAGUAGCCUAGAGGUAAAGCCAUGAUCCUCAAAUGUUAUAGUUUGCACAGCUAGUGUUGUUCUUGGUACCCACAUCCAUCUAAGGGAUGCAUUUAACCUUUAAAAUCUUGGGACCUUUUUGCCGUUAUCACUGUUAUUGCUGUGUAAUAACUGUUACCAAGUGUCAUGUACUCAAUAAAGUCUUGCAUGAUGUGCAUUUGUCUUUUAAAAUGUUUACUAGCCGAUUAUGUGUGUCUAAUGUAACUUUAAAGUCGCCUUUAUUUUUUUUUUUUUUUUCGUAGUGCCAUAUUUUGUUCUUGUGCCGUUAUUGCAUCAAGGUUGAUAUACCUAUGGAGAAAACAAAUGCUGUAAAGAAAUAGCUUCCUAGUUGUCUUAAAUGUUUGCAUUCACAGUUUGAUCGGAUGAGGGGUUAAUUGGAAUGUUAUAUUUUGGUGAAACAAUGAAUCUACUUUGACGAAGUGAUAAGAUGUUUGACUUUUAGUGAAUAAGUGACCUCAGUCACUGGGCAUGCUUGUGCAAUACUUAUCCAUUCUUAUUGAGAUCAUAUAUCAGAUACACACCAUGUAAAACAUAACAUUUAAUAACUUCCUCUAUUUUUCUGUUAUCCUUGAAUAUUUUUGUCUUUAAGAUCUAUAAGAGUGAUUGUAUUAUUAAUCAAGAUUGUGAAUGAAAUAUUCUUGGUAUGCAAUCAGUGUGAUCAAUGAAUACAUCCAUACUCUUGUAGCACUCAUUCUCUGGAUGUUUUUGUGUUGAACUUCCAAAUCCGACAAGUUUUUAUCUGUUAAAAAUGGAGUCUGUAACCCAACAGAGAUAUCAUAUAAUAGAUAGUUGAUUAGAGCCCUGAUCAAAAGUAUGUCAGUUGUGAGGGGGGGAAAUGAUGUUAACAUUUGAAGGUUGUGUAACUCAAAGCAUAUCAGAUCUGACAUUUCAGCAUCUCACAUUGAAGUAGUCUUGGCUACUGUAAUGAAGUAUUCAAACGUGUUCCAUGAUUGUUUGUAUGGUGUGAUGAACAGAAUAAAUGAGAAUAAAACAUCACUAUCUGAACCUGA